AUGGUUGAGAGCGAUGAUGAUAACGCUCAGGAGAACCAUGGAGAUACUGUUGAGGUGACAACAUUUCUUGCAUCAGAUGAGAUUCUGGAAGUCUCAACAGAGUCCAUUGUAUCGGUCACCCACGCACUACCUGAUCAGUUCAGCCUUGAAGUCGAUGAAAAGAUGACCACAGACGCCGCUGUUGACGUCGCCACGGACGACGCGGUGGAAUAUGCUCAAGCGGGCAGUGUGGAGGUUGUUGCCUCUGAGGCUACGAUUGAGGUUGCCCUGGAAACCACGAGCGAGGAGACCGAUCCAGAGGGUGUUCAGGAGCUAACUUUGGAACCGUCUUUUCAGGCGAGUACGAAAACACCUUCGGAAGCUCCUGUAGAAGAUAUACAUGACGUCGGAGCUAAAAACCCUGCAGCGACAUCUAACGAGGUUAUUUUAGAAUUCACAGAGGAAUUUAUUCCAGAAGACUUAUUGGAAGCCACUUCAGAGGCCCCUUCUGAGGCUGCUGUAGUGAUAAUCCCGGAGACCAAUAAUAAUCUUUCGGAGGCCAUUCAAGAGAUUAGUCCUGAAUCUUCUUUGGAGCCUUGGUCAGAGACUGCUUCUGACGGUACGACAUAUACGCCUGAUGUGGAUAGUCCAGAAAUUGAACAGACUCCAGAGGCAACUACAGAGGUGGUACCAGAUACUGUUUUUGAAGCUGCAUUAGAAGACACUGUGAAUAUUAUUCCUGAUAUCGUCCAUGAAGAUGUCCCAUCUGAAAUACCAGAGACGUUAUUAGAACCCACAUCGGAAGAAAACAUCCAAGCACUUCCUGAAGAUGUUCCUACAGAUUCUGCAGUGGAUGACAUCUCUCAGGAGGACAGCAAAGUUGCCACUGACCCGAUCCCAACAGUGUAUUUGAUCCCAGAGGAAGAUUUUGAGGCCCCAGAAGGUCCAUUAGAGAACUUGCAAGAGAUCACCUCUGAUGUCACUGCAGGUGUCCCCUCUGAAGCCACUUUGGCCACAACAAACAAACCGGUUGAAGUAAUCAAUCAUGACAUCACAGAAGAUGUUCUCAUCGAGGAUACAUUAGGCGACAUUCCGGGAGUAACUCAAGAGGCUGUGCAGGUGGUUUACACAGAGGUUACCGAGACGACCACCCCAGUGGAUGCAGAGAUGGACACUCCGGGAACCUCAGAUCCAGGAGCUCCAGAAGAUGACACACAGCAAGAGGCUGAAGAGUUCCCACCCGUGACUGAGCCUGAGAUCCCUCUCCAGGUCACAAUCACGAUUACAGAGGUGCCCACAGAAACAGCUGCGCAUGCUGAAGAGGUUCUGACAGAGGAAGAUAGUGAGGUUCCACCUAUAGUUACUGCAGAGGACGGUUCACAGUAUGAGGUAGAAGACACUGCAGGGGUUGAGGAAGCUACAAGUGAAACAACAACAGAAAUUACAACAGCAGUCACUGCCUCUGAAGCAACAAUUGAGGGAGCCUUGGUGGUUGACAUAGAGACCACUACCCUGAACGUAGAGAUUGCUACAAGAACUGCAGAAGAGCAGACUGCGGGAGGUGUCAUGGAAACCACUCUGAACCCCACAAAAGAGAUGGCGACAGAGGCUGAUGUUCCAGUCGAUACAACAACAGUGGGAAUUGAGAUCUCGACAGAGCAUGUUGAAGAGAUCAUCUCGGCUACUACAGAGGAAAUUAUUUCUGAAUUUACCGAGGCAGAUCUUAUUGAAGCUGAUAAUACCCCUGGUGCAGUUAAAGAGACGGCACCGGAGAUAGCAACAGAAGAUAAAUCAGAAACAGAGCCUGAAACAGCUCCCGAGGCUGCUGUUGAAACCAUUCCAGAGACAAAUGAAGAAAUCCCUCCUGCUGAAGUUAUACCGGAAGAAUUUGAGCUUCCAAAUGAGGCCUCUCCAGAAACAGUAGAAGAAGAAGACGAUAAUUCAGAUAAGGACACUUCAGAGAUAGCUGAGAUGAUUCCAACAGCUGUGGCAGUGGAUGUAACAAUGACCUCAGAGGUUUCAGAUAAAGAAACUGAUACGGUUGAAGCUACAGAAGCUGCUGGAGAGAUUUCCCCCGAGUCUCCAUUAGAGAUCGCUCCUGAACCUGCAGUCGAAGUCACACCCAAGACUGUUCUAGAAGACACUCCCGAAGAGUCACGAGAGGCUGCUGUGGAUGUCAGCCACGAGGUCACUCCUGUGUCAGCCGUUUCUCCAGAUGUGACAGUUGGGGUCGCAGUUGAAGAAAAUAACAAUGGUGCCACUCAGAAAGCCACUGACACAACUACUGUCCUACAAGAAACAAAUUAUGACACAUUUGGAAACCAGGACUUCGAAACAGUAGAGGAGAGUGAAAAUACUUUUGGAAACGAGAUAGAUGAUGUGAAGGUGAGGCCGUUGAGGCCGAUGAAGGACCAGGUGGUGGAACUGAGCAUCAGACUGAAAGGAGAAACCUACAACAAUGCCCUGAGAGAUCCCUUCAGCGUCCAAUACAAACAACUGGCCAAACAGUUCACUGAAAAGAUUGAAGAAGCAUUUGAACGAUUACCAGGGUUCAAGAGUGUCUUUGUUGUUGAAUUCAGACCACAAAAGGACCUUGAAAGGGGUUUGGUUGUGGUCGUCCACUACGCUGUGACUCUGGAGGUGGAUGCUGCAGGCAUCAGUAAUGAGACCAUGGACUUCAUCACCCUCCAAUCCAACAUAGUGGAGAAAAACUUCCCCGACGCUGAAGAACGUCCCACUGUGGUCUACACCAUCACUGACUUCCGCAACUACAUCACAGAAGCCCUGCACAAGGAGAACUUCAUGAGCAAUACCACUUUGGAUGUAGAUCCAGACUCCCUGCAGCUAGAGAAUGUGGAGAACCUGUUGCCCUCUGGAAAGCCCACAAGUCGACCAGUAGACACAGAUGAUAACAUGGAUAACAUUCUUGCUGCUGAGAAACCACCUGAUGUUCCUGGACAAGAUCUGGAUAGCAACGACCUCUUCCUGAAAAAGGACGACUUUCUGUUUGACCCGGCUCUGCCCUUUGACCCCUGGAAGGACUCUGGGACCGUGGUGGCGAGUGAAAAUGAUGUCCUGAUUCUGGAUGAGAGCACCAUUCUGCCAUCCACAGAGUUUUCUGAUAAGACUCUGGACCUGGGCUUCACUAAAGUCACCCCUGUUUCUACCAAGAAUCAUGGAAAUAUUGAAGAAGAGGGAUUUCUUUUGGGCAACACUUUUACUCAACCCACAAGCACUGAUACUCCCAAUGGGGAUGAUGUGGUUGGAGCUGGAAGCUCCGGCAACUUCUCUGUUGGAGAACCACAGACCACCACAGGAACCGAGGAGGCCCCUAUCUCAGCACCCCCUGCUUCUGACCAAGGAAGCCUCAACGAUCACUUUUUGGAUGCCGGAUCUGGCUCUGGCUUUUCUGGAGAUAGCCAAGGUGUGGAGGUCUGGCCGUCGCUGCCUGUGACAGGCUCAGAGAACGGUGACUUCUUUGAGGAGGUGAUGCCCCCACCGGACACUGAGCUGGAACAAACUGGAGGAGAGGAGGAAGCGGUGGAGUGGGGAGAAGAUGUGCCUGAGCCGAUGGACUCUGAAGAUUCUGUCCCACAAACCGGUGACGCCCCAGCUGGAAGGGAACACAAAGAAGAGCCAGAGGUGGAGGAGUCGUAUCUGGACAGAACACUCAUCACCCAGGACAUCCGUACCAACCCCCAUUUCACGACCACCACCCAAGCCCCUGUGUUUUGGACUAUGGAGACCUUGACAGUGGAACUAUCCAUGCAAACACUGGAGGCCUCUGGAUUAUAUGAUGAUUACUAUCCCAGUGAAGCGUCCACCGUCAUUUCAUCGACCACCAACUUCCACAUUCCAGAUGCUUACACUAGCCAGGCCCCCAUUUUGAUGGAACCCAUUGAUACAUCUCAGGAAGACCAUGAAAUUUUAGAAGAACUGCCUGUGAAGACCACAGAGGCAGCCAACCCAAUGGCAACCACCCCAGAGGCAGCCACCCCAGAGGCAACCACCCCAGAGGCAGCCACCCCAGAGGCAACCACCCCAGAGGCAACCACCCCAGAGGCAGCCACCCCAAUGGCAACCACCCCUGGGUCAACCACCCCAGAGGCCAAAGAGGGCACUCUUCCCACAGCUAGUGUUGACUCCUCAGAAGACGUAGCAUCUACUGAGAAGCUAACUACUGUUGAGCCCCUCAUCCUGAAGGACUUGGACACAGACACAACUGUAAUGCAGCCGGUCACAGAGUCAGCAAUCUUUGUGGAUGUGGAGUUGGACACAGUACAAAACUCCAUCUACGACAGGAUCACAUCUACACCCCAAGAUAUUGAGUGGUUCACUGAAAAACCGUUACUUUUGGUGCCAGAAAUUGAAGAAAUCAAUGAUGAAGUUGAGGUUUUGGAAGAACAAGUGGCCGAGAUCACAGAGGAGUUGGUCCCCUUCGCCCCAAAUGUUGAUUUAUCUGAUGAGGACUUAACUAAAGAUGAAAUCCUUUUCGUUAGUACAGCCACCGCAGCCCCUCUAGUCACUCUAUCCGUGACCGCAAGUCAUAUCACCCCUUUCUCACCCGAAAAGGAGUCACCAUUUACACGUGUAUCAGACACUGUGCCUGAGGAAGAAGAUCUCCUGUACCACGACUCAUCGCAAGAGGACAUACUUUUAAAGGAAGAAAAGGAGGGGGUCCAAGCAAGCACAAUAUCUUUGGAGGAGCCUAGUUCAAUGCUCUCUGCAGUUACUGUAAACGGUACAGAAAAAUCUCCCACAAGCUUACCUCCUUUCUUUCAGCCAACAUUCAGGCCCACAGAAAAGCUAGCAGAGACAGCUGCACCAACUGAAGACAGAAGCGUUUUGCUGGCUGAGCCUGUAGAAGAAAAGACUGAUGAAACCCUUACUGAAGAAGCGGAUAUUUUCAUUCCUCAAAGUCCGACCUCCCCCGACCAAAAUACGUCUCUAUCAGGCUCUUCCAACAUGGCAGACAACAUCGACCUUACAUUCGAUGUGGUCCAGUAUGACGAGACAGGCUACAUGGAUGGAGACAGCAGUGGGUAUUCCAGUGUUGCUCAAGGCUCAGAUGCAGACAGCAGCAAAGCUCUGGCAGCAAGCCCUGGUCGGGCUUUGAUGGUCUUUUUCAGCCUUAGGGUGACCAACAUGAGGUUCUCCGAAGACCUCUUCAACAAGAGCUCCGCUGAGUACAAAGAACUGGAGCAGAGUUUUAUAGAACUGCUUGUCCCAUACCUGCAGUCCAACCUCACCAACUUCCAGAACUUGGAAAUCUUGAACUUCCGGAACGGCAGCGUAGUGGUGAACAGCAGGAUGAAGUUUGGGAAACCUGUUCCUAGAGGAGUCACCAACGCUGUUUACCUGAUCCUGGAAGACUUCUGUAACACCGCCUACCAAACCAAGAACAUGGCUAUAGACAAGCAUUCACUGGACGUGGAAUCAGGUGACAAAGCAGACCCUUGUAAGUUCCAGGCCUGCAAUGAGUUCUCUAAGUGCAUGGUGAACCGGUGGUCUGGAGAGGCAGAGUGUGUGUGCGACGCAGGCUACUUCAGCGUGGACAGCCUGCCCUGCCAGAGCAUCUGUGAGCUGCAGGAAGACUUCUGUCUGAACGACGGAAAGUGUGACAUCAUUCCUGGCAAGGGGGCCAUCUGCAGAUGUCGCGUGGGGGAGAACUGGUGGUACCGUGGGGAACACUGUGAAGAGUAUGUUUCAGAACCGUUGGUUGUCGGCAUUGCCUUCGCCUCUGUGGCUGGCUUUCUGUUUCUGGCCGCUGGCAUUGUCUUGUUCUUGACCAGGACCCUGAGGGACAGUUAUGACAAGGACGAUUCAGAAGACCCACUACGUCACGGUGACAGCACCCCGUCUUUGGAGCGAGCUACCAAAUACAACCCCAUGUUUGAGAACGACGCCAUGAUGGUCCAGUACUACCGUCGCUAUGACAACGACGGUGGCGCACACCGCGGUGCUGGUGACUCCUCGGCGGACUUUGGCAGUGAGGACAUACGUCAGGUCUACGAGAACAGUGACCUUAGUAAUCAGGAAAUUCAGGACCGCAUGAGGAUCUUGGAGCUGUACACUAAGGAUCGCCAGUUUGCAGACUUUGUUCGACAGCACCAAGUGUAA